AUGCCUAGAAACGAGGCAAUCAACACCAAUAGUGUGGUGGGGGAUCGCCCCGACCUCCUCAUCACCACCCAUGGCUCCGACUGGUACUUCGCUGUGUGUGCCAUCAUGGGCAUCUCGACUAUCGCUUUCAUGGGCCUAGCUCUGACCAAGCCCCAAACUCACCGCAUGUUCCACUAUAUCACGGCCGGUAUCACGGCCGUCGCCUGCAUCGCUUACUUCUCCAUGGGUGCCGACUUGGGCCAAGUACCUAUCCAGGCUGAGUUCGUCCGUCCUGGAAGUAGCGCUGUCGCCGCCGCGGGCACCCGCGAGAUCUUCUACGCCCGCUACAUCGAUUGGGCCAUCACGACGCCCUUGCUGCUUCUGGAUCUGAUGCUGACAGCCGGCAUUCCCUUGCCUACUAUCCUCAUCACUCUCCUCGCCGACGAGAUCAUGAUUGUCUGCGGCCUCAUCGGUGCCCUCACCCGCACCACGUACAAAUGGGGCUUCUGGGCCUUCGGCACCGCUGCAUUCCUCUACGUCGUUUACAAUUUGAUCUGGGACGGCCGCAAGCAUGCCAAUACUCUCGGUGGUGAACCAAAGAAAACAUUCAAUAUGUGUGGCAUUUGGCUCAUAUUUCUCUGGUUCCUUUACCCCAUUGCUUGGGGUUUGAGCGAAGGCGCCAAUGUCAUUCACCCGGAUUCUGAGGCCAUCUUUUACGGUGUCCUGGAUAUUAUGGCCAAGCCUAUUUUCGGUGCUUUGCUCAUCUGGGGCCACCGCAACAUCAAUCCUACCCAGUUGGGACUGCGCAUUCGAGAGUCGAAGCAAACUAGUGAGAAGUUCAAUUCCGGAACUUCGGGUGGUGUGAACGCCCCUGAUGGCGUUACGGGAACCAAUGGGCAGAAUGCGGCGGCGGCAACCACAACCACUACUGCGACCAAUGGGCAAAACGUAUAA